UGAAGUUAGAUAUUUACGGGAAAAUAAAUUAAUUCAGGUUUGUUUGUGGGUAUAAAUACUCGUCGUCGACCCACGUGACCCCCUUUCUGUCUCAAGCCGCCAUCAUGGAUGCCAGCCGUGUGCAGCCCAUCAAGCUUGCCAGAGUCACCAAGGUUCUUGGAAGAACCGGCUCCCAGGGACAGUGUACCCAGGUGCGAGUUGAGUUCAUGGACGACAGCAAUCGCUCCAUUAUCAGGAAUGUGAAGGGCCCAGUGAGGGAAGGGGAUGUUCUCACCCUGCUGGAGUCUGAAAGGGAAGCCAGGAGGCUGCGAUAGGAGUUCUUUAUAAAGAUGAGAUGCAACCCAGACUGAUGUGCCUGGUCGACCGUUUACCGCUCUACUGUACCAUAUCUUUGGCAAUUGACAAUAAAUGAGUGAUUGAA